AUGGUCGCUCAACAUCCCGAUAACAGCUCCCAAGUCGCAGACCUCGCUAGCAUUAACGAGAUUCCUGGAAAUAUGCCUGCUCCAUCAAAGGAGAACAAGAAGGCCGAGGUCAAUGGCCAGCCCGCCGCCGCCAAUGGCAACAUCCCUCCUCCCAAAACUGAUAAGCCGAGACCACACGUCUGUACCACUUGCGGUCGCUCAUUCGCCCGAUUGGAGCACCUGAAGCGCCAUGAACGUUCCCAUACCAAGGAGAAGCCCUUUGAAUGCCCUGACUGUGCGCGUUGCUUUGCUCGCCGCGAUCUGUUGCUGCGACACCAGCAGAAGCUACACAUGACCUCCACUCCGUCCUCUCGACCCCGAAAUGGCCGUCGUGAGAGUACUUCUGGGGCCCCAGCUGGCGCGGGGGCCAAUAGGGUGCGCAAGAACUCCAUCGCUAACAACUCAUCAUCUUCAUCAAUGCGCCCCCGGGCCAACACCAUCAGUCACAUUGGUGGAUCCGCCUUAGGACUGGCCGAGGGAGCUAACCCAUCGUCCGCCCCGAGCCAAUCGGGUCAUGCAUACCACCCCAGCCUAGGAUCUUCGGUCGGCUCCAGCAUUGACUACAGGGGCUUCAGCUCAGGACACCCGCCUGUGAAUGGAUUGGCUAAGCUUGAAACAUCCGGACUCCCGCUGGACAUGUCUGGUAGUCUUCGGACGGCCCCCGUUUACGGGAGCUUCGACAUGGGCAUUGAUGGUAUGCUGAUGGGUCAUGGCAGCACAAUAAACCCCGCACAACUUCAUUUCGCAGGUUCCCCCCAGGGCUUUGGUGACUCCCCAUCUUCCCCAUUCGGCCACAAUGUCCACGGUAUGCACCCCGCAGCGGAUCCCAUGAUGGACGAGGAUAUGAACUUCGACUGGAUGAGUGGGUUCGACGCGGCUGUGGCGCUUGGAAAUGGUAACGACUCGGUCAUCGAUGAGUCGUCACCCUCUGCGAUGAGCACGGGUAGCCAGAGUGGGAUCAGCGAAGCCAUGCUCGAUGGCCCUAACCGCAUUCCCAUCUCCAACGGUUGGCACAACCCGUUCCCCGCACACCACCCAGCCGCCAAUCAAUUUGCAAUCGACUUCUCCCCGAACACCCUCAACGAAUUGGGUAUCCCCCCCAGAGACCGUGUCGCCGAAGUCGCUGAUGGCCCAGAAUCCUUUUGCUGA